CAAUUUGGAAAAAAUUGGGUUGUAACAAUGGUGAAUUAAAUUCCUUUUCAUACUGGAAUGUACCUAAAUUCGUUCAAUUUCAAUAGACAAGGUUAAAUUAAUGGAAAGUGUUAGAAAGAAGGGCCAAAUUUAGAAAAUAGUAGUUUAUUUGAAUUUAAUUAUAUUGUGUAGUUACAUUUGAAAAUUGCUUUUGAAUAGUAAGUCGCUGCCUUAGUUCUUGACUAUCGGCUGGUGAGAGACUCUGUAAAGCUCUUUGGAAAAUUGUACCUUUCUUAACGAGAUCCAAUUGAAAUAUUUCUAAAGCGGUAAUCCACGAAUCAAUUGUUUUUGGAUGCUCACGUAUCCACUCUUCCGCCACCUUUUUUCGUUGAACAUCCGGCUCGUUUAGUUGCUGAAUCAUCAGUGAAUAAAUUCCCGAUGGUUUUGGAUAGUACUUUAUUAGUCUUUGAUAAGCUUGAUCAACUUCUCUAGAAUUGUCUACGACCCAUUGGAAGAAGUUUAAUUUCAAAGAAGCAUUUGAGAUCGAAGAUGACACGAAAUCUGUAACGUAUGAAUAAACCUCGUUGCUCGCUUCACUAUCUGUAACAAAUUCCAAAGCUGUUUCAAAAACUGUCCAAAUAUCCGAAGGGGAGAUUUCAUUAGUAGCCUUCUUUAUUAUAUUUCUUGUCUCUUGGUGAGGAGAGAGCAUAAUCUUUGAUGACCAUAAAGCCGUAGAAUUUUUGUGGGUUCUUAAUGCGAGACUCGUUAAUUCGAUUGCUUUUUCAUUUCCCUUCAUAUUCUUCAUGCAAAUUAUGCAUUUGCAUAGACUUUCUUCGUCAAGAAAUUCGACGUAAUUGAAAACUUCUCCAAGUAAUUCUUCAACAUUUUCUUCUGUAGCACUUUUUAAGCAAAAAGCAGCAUAAAUCGAACACAUCUUUUUCAUGUCAUCUGAUUCGCGUAAACCUUUUUUAAGGUGUUCUAUAGAUUCAUUUAGCGAAGAGCUAUUUUCUGCAAGAAGAGAAAAGAUCAAAGGAUUUUUAGGAAAGCGUUCUUUGAUAUUUUCUAAAAUAUGACUUUCAACACGAUUUCCCCACUUGUAAGAUGAGCAAUAACUGGCAAUUUUAAAAAGUAUUGUCAUUGAAUUAGGGAGAGCUUCAAUCAUUUUGUUAUAGACAAGUAUAGGAAGCUUGGCGUUCAAAAUAGCAUCAUUUGAAUUUUGUGUAGAUCUACUGAUCUUUUCUAACUUUUCGGCACGUUCCAUCAUUUUCUCUGUAAAACACAUUUCUGAUUUGAAGUAUUCAAACCAUAACUCUUCUGAUUCUUGAUUGAUAUGGAGACCUUUUUGAAAUAAGGUUCUCCCCAAAUCCAUAUUUUCUACAGUAUAAAAUUGAUACCUUGCUGCUCCAAUCCAUAAACUGGAAUUUCUGCUGUGAGUCUGCAAUGCUCGAGCAUAUAUUUUUCCAGUUAUUGUCUUCUCUUUACGUGUUUUGGCAAAAUCAAUAUGAGAGAGCCACAAUUUAACGUCAUCUUGGAAUCUUGCUUCGGCCAAUCGAAAUAACUUGUGAAUUCUUUUAACAAUUUGAAUAUCAAUUUCCAACAAUUUAUGAUUAUAUCCUAUUUUUUUUCGUCUUUUCUUUAUUAAAUCUAAUACGUUCAUCUCGUAUUUGAUGUAUUUGAUGUAAUCUCGUUUCUCUCUGGUUCUCCGUCUUAAUUUGUAUUCGUAUUGCUUUCGUCGUCGAAUCAAUGUAUUCGUCUCCUCUUUACUCAUUAGUCCGAUUCUGCGAAGUUGUUGUAUCUCUGGGAGCAUUUGCUCCAUGGAUUGUUGAACAAAUUCAGCCAUCGUGCAAAAACGUGCACAAGAACGAUAAUACAGAUAGAUGAACGAUAUUGAAGAGUUACAAAUCGAUUGACUAUUUCGAUCUGCUAAAAUCGAAAUAUAUCGACUAAGUAACACUGAUAAAAGUUCCCCUAAGAGUUUAUUUCACUCUAAAAGUUUACCAUAGUAAAUAAAUACAUAGAAUCAACAACAUAGAAUCCACACUUGUGGUAAUACGUACCGCUAAUACUAAAAAAAACUAAUAAAAAAUAAAAAUAUAUAAGUAAACCUUUACCAUUAUAAAAAAAUGAAUAUCAGACACUUUUAAGUUGUUUUUAAUAGGUUUUUAACAGGUUAUCUUAAUUAUCUUUUAAGAAGUAUUAAGUAGAAAAAAGUUUUGGUUAGCAGCAAAAGAAACACCAGUCUAAAGUAAUAUGGCAGCCCCCAUUGCGAUAUUUCGCCGAUUUACAUUUACCAAAAACAAAUCUAAUAUUCUAUUAUUAUCAAGAAGACUAUUUGGAAAUAGUCAGAAUCAAUUUAAGGAAAUAUCGCCAUUUACUACUAAUCAUGCUUGGACUAUUGAUGAAGAAAUCAAAGAGCAAAUUAUAAAAGAAGAAAUGAAUGCAAGGAGGCACACGGGAUCUUAUUUUUCUCAACCCAAAGCUCUACCAAAAUCUUUAAGAUACUCCUUAGAGACUGUCAUAGAAAGCUUUGGCAAUGCUGAUAUUGACAAACUGUCUAAAGAUAUGAACAAUUUAAUUUCGAGUAGAAAAGUCCCAUUAGAAAAGGAUGAAAUACUUGAAAUAUUGCAAGAAAUAGAAAAUGAAGUAAUGGAACAAGAGAAAAUGUCUCCGGAACAUUUACAAUCUUUAGAUGAUAGGAAAAGAGAGAAGCAUUUGCAUUAUAUGAGAAAUAAAAUAAUGAAUAUUGCCAGAAAACGUUCUUAUAGAUGGAAAGAAAUCGAAUAUACCCUUGCAAAGGCUCUAGCUUACGCAAAAUCUCGUUUGCACUUCGAAUAUUCAUGCUUAUCGAGGAUAUUUUUUGAGAUGAAGAAGAGAGAUGAGAACUUUCGACCUCAAACGCUUUUUGAUUUUGGAUCGGGCGUUGGAUCUGUUAUGUGGGCCUGUAAUGAUAUGUGGCCAAAAUCUAUAUUCGAGCAUUUUUGCGUGGAAAAGAGCAGUUCUAUGAUAGAGCUAGCAGAUUUAUUAUUACGUGAUGGAAAUGAGGCGAAAGAAAGAUGCUUUAAAAAUGUUAAUUUUAAAUCAUAUAUGCCUAAAGAUGUCAAAGGUGGCUUUGAUAUAUGCGUGUCUUCGUUUUCCCUACUACAUCUCACAAGCAGGGAAGAACGUUUAAGCACUUUAAAUCAAUUGUGGAAAUUAACCGAUGAAUAUCUUGUUCUAGUCGAAAAUGGAAAUCUUAAUGGAUUCAAAGUAAUAAAUGAAGCAAGAGAUUUUAUACUUAAUAUGUCAAAAAUCGACCAAGAUCAAGGGGGUUACGUAUAUUCUCCUUGCCCACACGACCUAGGUUGCCCUAGAAUGAAACAUUACGCGAAACCUUUAUGCCCUUUCUCUAUUUCUUAUAGAAAGCAACUUGAAACGCCAGUUGAGAACAAAAAAUUUUGUUAUUUAAUUAUGAAAAAAGGAAAACGACGGCCGGAAGACGUCGAGUGGCCACGAUUAAUGGAUAGUGUAAAGAAUCCACCAAGACAGGCUGUUUGCCACAUGUGUACAGCAAGUGGCGAAUUGCAAACUGCCGUUAUUACUAAAGCUAAACACGGAAAAACUCUUUAUCAUUGCGUUCGAAAUGGUAGGAGUGGUGAUUUACUACCAAUGGUGCCUGCUGAAAAUACGAAAAAAGAACCAUGAUGGAAAUGUGGAAAUGUGAACAAGUUUAAAAGACAAUUGUUCUACAGAUAUUUCUUGCAAUUAAGUUUCAGGGAAAACUACUUCGAAUACAAACUAUCUCAUUUCCUUUAUUAAUUCUUUUUUAAUGCUUUAAAAACGGGAAACGUUAGAUGGCGCAAGUCAUUAAGGAAAUAUUUUCAACUAAUAGACUCAAGUAUUAAUUGUCAUUGUUAUGCAGUUAAACGGGUUUAUCGGCAUUUAUUCAUUAAUAUUUCAUAUAGAAAGUGUCAAACCUUUAUCUAAACCCUUUCAUGGUG